UUGAACCGCUGUGGAUCAGCUACCUGACAGAGUUUGUUUUUAUUAGACCACUGGACCGGUCAGGGUGUUCGUCGCCGCGACUUUCUCUUUUACCGAUCUCGUCGCCAUUUUCCUCGGUGAGGAAGGAUCGACUCGACGACGCUGUGGAACAGAUCGGGAUCCAUGGAUGUGGAGCCGCCGGGACCGCUUCGGUAUCUGAUUGGGGCGGCGAUCAUGAUGAUGGGGGUGGUGCUUCCUCUCGGUUACAUGAUGUUUCGCAUCAAGCGCGUUCCCUCCUCCUCGUCGACCUACUCCAAGCAGACGUAGGACUAAGGGGCUGAUAUAGAGAUAAUUGUCAACUCUUUCUACUGCUAGCGGUGAUCUCUCAUAGUGGCGUUGCUUCUGGUACUCCACUGAUUUCGGUUUGAUUCUUCUUCUAUUGAUGUAUUUGACGUCUAUAGUAAAGUGUAGUUUCUAUCUCGUUUUUUUUCCUGUUAAAGAGUAGGAUUUGAUAACUUGUGGCUGAAUACAUUUAUCAAUGAUCAGUACGGGAACAUCUGCGUGCUACUUCCUUUAAUUCUAGUAAACAAAAAGGCUUUAGAAGCUAUUAUUCAAUUCA